AUGGCUUUCUUGAUCAAGAGCAUGAUUGGGAACCCCCUGUCAGGGAUCGGUCUUGGUGGUGGAGGUGACAAGGAAGAGGAGGCCGCUCCCACAGAUCCAGCCAAGGCAGCAGGGAUGACACGCGAGGAGUAUGAAGAGUACCAAAAACAAGUGGUGGAGGAGAAGAUGGAGAGAGAUGCAGAUUUCUUACACAAGAAGGCAGAAAGGGCAACAUUGAGGGUGUGCCUCAGAGAAAAAUACAGGCUGCCCAAGAGUGAGCAGGAUGAGAACAUGAUUGAGAUAGCCGGGGACGACGUGGACGUGCCCGAGGAGCUGCUCAAGAUGGUGGAUGAGGACGCCACAGAGGAGGAGGGCAAGGACUCCAUCAUGGGCCAGUUUCAAAACUUGCAGAACAUGGACAUGGAUCAGCUGAAGGAGAAGGCCUCGGCCACCGUCACCGAGCUGAAGAGCAAAGCAGAGGAGAAGUGCUCUGUCAUGUGA